GCAUCUCCUUGGGUGAAAAGUCCAGUUAACACGUAACAAGUCUUUAAACAUAAAAUAAACAUUUUCAAACAAUUCAAGAAUAUACAACUGCCUAUAGUGGUUUCAGGUUUAAUAUUCAAAGCAGCCUUUCACCUUACCGACUGUUGACGCUUUUCUGGAACGGAGGUUUGAAUAAGAAUGGAGACAAGAAAAAGAAAGGGCACCAAGCGAGUGUUUGUCACUGUAGGAACCACACAGUUUGACAAGCUUAUUGAGACGAUGUGUUCGGAGGAUACUUUGAAGGCUCUUCAGAUGUUAGGAUACUCAAAUCUUCUACUACAGCGAGGUUGUGGGCAGUAUGAUCCCCCGUCCACUACAGGGGAUGGCAUGUUUGUCGACCACUACCGCUACAAAUCUAACAUUCGGGAAGAUAUUGAGCAAGCCGACCUGGUAAUCAGUCAUGCUGGGGCUGGAAGUUGCCUGGAGACGCUGGGUGCUGGCCGGAAGCUCCUGGUAGUAAUUAACGAGGGUCUCAUGGACAAUCACCAGCUAGAGUUGGCCAACCAGCUACACCUGGACGGACAUUUACAUUACUGCACAUGCAGUACUCUGGUCCAAACCUUGCGGACGAAAAAUUUCACAAACCUGAAACCAUUUCCCCCUGGAAAACCUGAGGUCUUUGCUCAAUACCUGGAUAAUCUCAUGGGAUUUACCUGAGAAAUUACUUCUCCUCGUACCUUUGGAUGAGAUUAUCUGAAGAACUUUGUAACUACCAGAGGAGAACAGAACAGAAUGUUUAUUUAACAUAAGCAUAAAAAAUUAUAAAGCUUAAUGUUAUAAACACAAAACAAAAUAUUCAUAUUAAAUAUUGUAUGCAUAAGUACAAAAUGAAUAAUUUUAUAACACAUUAAUGAUUAUUUACAAUCAAGUUAUACAAUAUCGUGAAAAACCUAAAGCAAAUUUAGCAGAAGUGAAUGUGAGGAGGUCUUUAGGGGUUAUUUAUAUAUUUGUAACUUUGUAAUUACCUGUCCUCACACCUUUGGAUUGGAUUAUCUGAAGAACUUUGUAAUUACUUGUCCUCUAACCUUUGGAUUGGAUUAUCUGAAGAACUUUGUAAUUACUUGUCCUCUUACCUUUGGAUUGGAUUAUCUAAAUAACUUUGUAAUUACUUGUCCUCUAACCUUUGGAUUGGAUUAUCUGAAGAACUUUGUAAUUACCUGUCCUCUAACCUUUGGAUUGGAUUAUCUAAAUAACUUUGUAAUUA